AAGAGGCGGUGCUUCGGCUCCACAGCCUUUCUCGGUCUAUGCAGCCGUUAGUUACUUGGCAAGCCGGGCUGAGAAGCGAAGGAUAAGAGCAUUCCUGUGGAAUCAUUAAUGAUAUAGACAGCUAGCAAAGCAGUCGGGGCCGGGGUGACUGUACGCACAAUUUCAUAUGAACAAAACGUUUGCCUGGCUAGCUAAUAUUGUGGAUGAGUCGACCUGCUCGUCAUUUUGAGGGAUUUUUCAAUUGAAUGAAGUAGCCAUCUAUUUUUUAUGUUUUUGGAUAUGAAAAAGGAUUCUUCCAUUUUUUCUGAGGAAAAAGUCAAUGCAUCGAUCCGGUCUUUUGUAUUUUCAAUAUUAGGAAGCAUUGCGUUCCAGUCCAGGGAAGGCGUGUGAAUUAAUUGCGGUGUUCUGUUGAAUUAAUGUCAUUUCUCUCUCUGCAGCUGGCAAGCCUACUGUCUGUGUGUGGUUUCUUCUUAACGUUCGCUCGGUAGUAGACGGAAAAAAAGGGAUUUUUGAACAAUGCGAAAUCCAGCGACUGCAUUCCUGGUUCAUGUCAAGAAAUGUAGCUAGAUAGGAGAUAGCUAUCUUGUUGGAUAGCUAACGUUAACUAAUUAGCUAGCGCUCCUUAUUGCAGUGCUUUCCCUCAAACGUUGUAAUACUGGAUUUCAAGUAAAUAUUUGGAUGUAAUGGGAUAUGAGUGUCUAUAAAAAUAAUUCAUUCAACUGCACGAGCAGCGCCACUUAAAGGUCAGCAUAUUUACUGGGCAGAAAAGAAAAUCAUCUAAAACCAAAGGAUAUACCUUUUUUCUUUUUACAUUGCUGGGAUAAUUGGCUAGCUGACAAUCUACCCAAAAUGGAAUGCGAAGUAUUUACGCCUUUGCUGGAGCAAUUUAUGGUAACCCCGUUGGUUACUUGGGUGAAGACUUUCGGACAAUCUUUUGGAAAAGGUGGCAACAAACUUUCGGAAUACAUUGACCUAGUGGACGGCAUCUGUUUAAAUGAGAUCAUGCUCCAGAUAAAUCCGAAGGCUUCGGUUCAGAGAACCAACAAGAACGUGAACAACGACUCGACGCUGCGGAUACAGAACCUGAAGAUUCUGAUUGGCCAGAUCAAGUCGUACUACCAGGAGACGCUGCAGCAGCUGAUCAUGAUGCCUCUUCCCAACAUCCUGGUGCUGGGCAAAACCCCUCUGUGCGAACAAAGUCUGGAGGAAAUGAAGAAGCUGUUGCUGCUGCUGCUGGGAUGUGCGGUCCAGUGUGAGCAGAAGGAAGAGUACAUAGAGAAGAUCCAGGGCCUGGACUUCGACACAAAGGCGGCCAUCGCGUCUCACAUACAGGAGGUGACCCAUAACCAGGAGAAGGUGUUGGACCUGCAGUGGCUGGAGGCAGGCUCGCUCGCCCCGGAGGACCUGGACUCUCUCUCCAGGAGCAUGGCCUUCCACCUCAAACGGCUGGUGGACGAGAGGGACGAGCAGCUGGAGACGAUCGUGGAGCUGACUCAGGAGAGGGACUGCGGCCAGCUCUCAGCCCCCGCCCCCAGCGCCCAGUCCCCCAAUGACUCUCCCAGCAUGCACCGCACCGAGAGCCGCCAGCACCUGUCCGUGGAGCUGGCCGACGCCAAGGCCAAGAUCCGCCGCCUCAGGCAGGAGCUUGAGGAGAAGAGUGAGCAGUUGAUGGAUUGCCGGCAGGAGUUGGAGAAUCUGGAGGUGGAGCUUAAGAGGAUCCAGCAGGAGAACAUGCAGCUGCUAUCGGACGCGCGGUCGGCCCGGGCGUACCGCGACGAGCUGGACGCCCUGCGAGAGAAGGCCAUCCGCGUGGAUAAGCUGGAGAGCGAAGUGGGCCGCUACAAGGAGAGGCUGCACGACAUCGAGUUCUACAAGGCCAGGGUGGAGGAGCUAAAGGAGGAUAACCAGGUGCUGCUGGAGACUAAGACCAUGCUGGAGGACCAGCUGGAGGGCUCUCGGGCACGCUCAGACAAGCUCCACGAGCUGGAGAAAGAGAGCCUGCAGCUCAAGGCCAAGAUCCACGACAUGGAGAUGGACCGGGACAUCGGCAGGAAGCGGAUCGAGGAGCUCCUGGAGGAGAACCUGGCCCUGGAGAUGGCUCAGAAGCAGAGCAUGGACGAGUCUCUGCACCUGGGCUGGGAGCUGGAGCAGCUGACCAAGGCCCCCGAGCUCAGCGAGGCAGUCCCGCAGAAGUCCCUGGGUCACGAGGUGAACGAGCUGACCUCCAGCCGGCUGCUGAAGCUGGAGAAGGAGAACCAGGCGCUGCUGAGGACGGUGGAGGAGCUGAAGGGCGCCGGCGAGCCCGCGGAGGAGGGAGGCGCGCGCCUCCUCCGGGCGGAGCAGGAGAACCAGAGGCUCACUCAGAAGCUGGAGCAGCUGCAGGCCGAGCUGCGCGCAGACAGGCAGGGUCUGCACAGCUCGGAGAGCCUCAGCGCUGACCUGAUGAAGGAGAAAGCCCAGCUGGAGAAAACACUGGAGACACUGCGCGAGAACUCUGAGCGACAGCUGAAGGUCCUGGAGCAGGAGAACGAUCACCUGACGCAGACGGUGGCGUCGCUGCGGCAGCGCUCGCAGGUGAGCGUGGAGGCACGCGUCCGGGACGUGGAGAAGGAGAACCGCGUCCUGCACGAGUCCGUCAAGGAGACGAGCGCGCGGCUGAGCAAGGCGGAGUUCGAGCGCAAGCAGCUGCGGCGGGAGCUGGAGGAGCGGCGGGAGGCGGGCGAGCGGGCCGAGGAGCUGGAGGCGGAGCUCCGGCGGCUGGAGCGGGAGAACGAGGGCCUGGCGAAGCGCGCGGCGGGCCUGGGCGCCGCCCGCGACCGCGCCGAGGCCCUGGAGCGCCACAACGGCGAGCUGGAGGCGGAGGCGCGGCGCCUGAGGAAGAGGCUGGACGGGCUGCGGGGCACGGAGCUCCAGCUGGAGGCGCUGGAGAAGGAGAACGCCCAGCUGGAGGAGGAGAACCUGGAGCUGCGCCGGUCCGGGGAGGCGCUGCGGGCGGCGGAGCAGGAGAACCGGGAGCUGGAGGCGGAGAGGAGCCAGCUGCGGAAGAGCCUGGAUCUCCUGCGCGCCUCCUCCAAGAAGACGGAGCGGCUGGAGGCCAGCUGCCAGGGCCUGGACACGGAGAACCAGCGGCUGCAGAAGGCCCUGGAGAACAGCAGCCGCAAGAUCCAGCAGCUGGAGGACGAGCUGCGGGAGGUGGAGGCGGAGAACCAGGGCCUGCAGCGCAGCCUGGAGGAGCUGAAGGUCUCCAGCAAGCGCCUGGAGCAGCUGGAGAAGGAGAGCCGGGCGCUGGAGCAGGAGACGGCCCAGCUGGAGAAGGACAAGAAGCAGCUGGAGAAGGAGAACCGGCGGCUGCGGCAGCAGGCUGAGAUCCGCGACGCCUCGCUGGACGAGAGCCACGCCCGCCUGGCCCGCCUGGAGCAGGAGAACCGCGCCCUGGGCAAGGAGGCCGCCGUCUCCAGGGACUCCUGCGGCCGCGUCCGCGACCUGGAGAAGGACAACAAGGAGCUGCUCAAGCAGGCCACCAUCGACAAGAAGACCCUGCUCACCUUACGAGAGGAGCUGGUGAGUGAGAAGCUGCGGACUCAGCAGAUGAACAACGAUCUGGAGAAGCUGACGCAUGAGCUGGAGAAGAUCGGCCUGAACAAGGAGAGACUGCUGCAGGACGAGCAGAACACGGACGACAGCAGGUACAAGCUCCUGGAGUCUAAGCUGGAGUCCACGCUGAAGAAGUCCCUGGAGAUCAAGGGGGAGAAGAUCGCCGCCCUGGAGGCCAGGCUGGAGGAGUCGUCCAACCUCAACCAGCAGCUGCGGCAGGAGUUGAAGACUGUGAAGAAGAACUACGAGGCCCUGCGGCAGAGGGAGGAGGAGGAGCGAAUGGUGCAGAGCUCCCCCCCGAGGGCAGGGGAGGAGGUGCAGGUGGCCAGCAGGUGGGAGAAAGAGAGCCAGGAGGCCACAAGGGAGUUACUGAAGGUCAAGGACCGGCUCAUCGAGGUGGAGAGGAACAACGCCACGCUGCAGGCGGAGAAGCAGGCGCUGCGCACGCAGCUGAAGCAGCUGGACACGCAGAGCGCAAACCUGCAGGAGCAGAUCCUGGCUCUGCAGCGGCAGACCGCCUCCCUGCAGGAGAACAACACCACCCUGCAGACGCAGAACGCCAAGCUGCAGGUGGAGAACUCCACCCUGAACUCGCAGAGCGCCGCCCUGCUGGCGCAGAACGCGCAGCUGCAGAGCCAGCAGUGCAGCGCCGAGAGUGAGCGGGAGGGGGCGCUGCGGGAGCGGGAGGACCUGCGCUCCGCCCACGAGCUGCUGCUGCGCGACCACGAGAAGCUGGCGGCGCUGCACGAGCGCCAGGCCGCCGAGUACGAGGCGCUCAUCAGCAAGCACGGCGGCCUCAAGGCCGCGCACAAGAGCCUGGAGCUGGAGCACCGCGAGCUGGAGGACCGGUACAACCAGCUGCUCCAGCAGAAGGCCCAGCUGGAGGACCUGGAGAAGGCUCUGAAGGCCGAGCAGGAGAAGAUGCUUCUGGAAAGCAAGAACCACGAGGCCACCGCCAAAGAGCUCCACAAACUGAAGGAGGAGAAUGACAAGCUGAACCAGACGUACCAGCAGCUGGUGAAGGACAACGAGGGCCUGCAGGCCGAUCACAAGAGCCUGAAGAGCCAGCUGAACAGCAGCAGGCUGGAGCACACCCGCCUGGAGGCCGAGUUCUCCAGGCUGAAGGAGCAGUACCAGCAGCUGGACAUCACCUCCACCAAGCUGACCAAUCAGUGCGAGCUCCUGAGCCAGCUGAAGGGGAACCUGGAGGAGGAGAACCGGCACCUGCUGGACCAGAUCCAGACCCUGAUGCUGCAGAAUCGGACCCUGCUGGAGCAGACCAUGGAGAGCAAGGACCUGUUCCACGUGGAGCAGAGACAGUACAUAGACAAACUGAACGAGCUGAGGAGGCAGAAGGAGAAGCUGGAGGAGAAGAUCAUGGACCAGUACAAGUUCUACGACCCCUCCCCCCCACGCAGACGAGGGAACUGGAUCACGCUGAAGAUGAAGAAGCUGAUCAAGCCGAAGAGCCGAGAGAGGCAGCGCUCGCUGACGCUCACGCCCCCCCGCUCCGAGUCCAGCGACGGCUUCCUGGGCCCCGCCCCCCAGGACAGCCAGGACAGCUCGUCCAUGGGCUCGCUGGACGACACGCUCAGCCACAAGAGGAGCAGCAGGAAGAGAGAGAAGUACAUCCAAUUGCAGUGCCCCUCUAACGCCCUGAAACGGUUGCCCUUUAUGAGGAACAGGUCCAAGGAGAAGGACAAAGUGAAGGCAGCCUACCGCCGCUCCAUGUCCAUGAACGACCUGCUGCAGACCAUGGCCCUGGCGGGGGCCCAGUGGCCGGGCAGCUCGGAGAACCUGGACGGGCCGGAGGCCCCCGAGGGCGGCCCCCGCAUGGAGCUGGGCUCCAUGGCCUACUCCACCACCGCCAUCAACUACGCCACCCUGCGCCUGCCCUCCCGCCACCGCGCCCAGCAGCAGCGCGCCGCCAAAGACAACGCGUCCAGCGAGGACGUCGCCCCAACCUCAUCGGACAGCAUCAACGGGCCGAGGAGUCAAGGCACAGUGAAUGGCAGCCACAGUCGGCCCCACAGUGAGAGCAGUGGGGAGUUCAGUCUCAGUCUGGAUAAUGAGGCCUGGUCCAGCAGCAGCAGCCCCGUCCAGCAGCCCCCCUCCCACAGAUCGUCCCGCCAGAGCCCCCAAAUCUUCCGCAGGAGCCUGGAGCCCCCCGUCCCGCACGCCCAGGGCACAGCCUCCUCGCCUGGGAGCGAGGUGCUGUCCCUGCAGCAAUUUCUGCGGGAGAACAAGGACCCAGUGGAGUCUGACAGACAGGAGGCUCCCCCAAUGGAGACCAGCCGCAGGACCUCAGAUUCCGCGAGGGCGGAGCCUAAAGAGCGCGCUGCCCGCAGCGGUAAGGGCAUCCUGCGCUCGGCCAGCGGGAGGGCCGACCCCACCCCCGAGGGGCGGGCCCUGAAGGGGGCGGGGCGGCCGGCGCUGCGGAAGGCGGAGAGCGCGCGGGUGAAGGUCCGAGCCGCCUCCACGUCGGACUGCCCCGCCUCCUCCACCCUGCCCCGCGCCAGCAGCGUCAUCUCCACCGCCGAGGGCACCACCCGCAGGACCAGCAUCCACGACUUCCUGUCCAAGGACGCCCGGUCGCCCGUCUCCGUCGACCCCGCCCCCGCCGGCGGCCAGGCCACGCCCAGUGAGUACCUCCCGGAUCCACACCCCUGCAAGCGCCCCCCGCCCCUGACCAAAUCGGCCAGUGUCCCGGGCUCCGCCCCCAGCUCCUCCCCCUGGCUCUUUAGCCCCUCCUUCACCGUAGACUCUCUCUUUACGGACACCAUCUUCGGCGAGCCCACACCCGGCCCUGCCGCUAAGAGCCACGCCCUCCUGUCACUCAACACCUCCCUGGUCAGCGACAUCACCGGCCCACGCCCAAACCCCACCCCCGGCCCCGCCCCCUGCACCCACACCCCGGGACGGGAGCCCGGGGCGAACGCGGCCCCCGGGCAGCCCCCCCACCGCACUAACGGUGAUGUCACCACUCCUGAUCACAUGAUUCCCGACCCCCAAUCCCGGGCCACGUCCCCUGAGGAGCCGGCGCCCCUGUGGUACGAGUAUGGCUGCGUUUGACCCGGCCGCCGCGUCCCCGAACCGACCCCACAUCCCGCCAAAUCCCCUGCUUCGGGACGUUUGGCGAGAAGUGGGGCGGGCCCACCUGCAUGUUUGGGAAAGACUGGCGCCUCUCAGCUUGCUUGAAUGAUUGAGAAAUCACUCUUCUCCUGAUCUGUGCUGUCAGGUGUGUGGGACUAUCCUCUGUCUAAAACCCCAUUUCCCCUCUGACUCAGCGAAUGACCUCACCCCCAUGAUCCACCUGUGAUGUUUCCUUUGUAAAUAUCUCAUACGUCUCUGUUAACCAUGCGGAUCCAGCAAAUAUGUCAAUUCAUCUGUUAAUCUGCUCAUGCUUUGACAAUUGAUUCUUUUUUAAUUCACUCAUUUUAUUUGCAUUGUAAUUUUGUUAUUUUUAUUCAUUUUUAACUGGCUUAUUACAUACAGAAUAGUGUGUAUCUAGCAUGAUUAUUUUGAUAAUUAUUUAUGAUAAUGCAACUCAUAAAUAACAAAUUCAGCAUAAAAAGCUGUAGAUUUGCUAAGGUGUUCAUAUCGUCAGUUAUAGAAGGGUAGGAGAGACAGAGGUAGUUUUGGCUUAAAUGUGACACUUUUCAAUAUUGAAAAAUCACACAUACUGUACAGAACCGGUAGUGUGACGGUUGGUAUCACUAAACGGUUAACAUGGAAAGCGAACUGAUAAAUUUAAUGUAAUUAAUGCCAAAAAACAAUAAUUUAUAAGAAUAUGAAAGGCUAAUUACUUUAAUACCAUCUUUUUCAACAACACAAAGUAUGAUAGCUUUAAAAAUGUUACACUUUGAGUCCCGGUAUUGGUGCUGAUAGAAACAGUCUGUCUGAAGUAGCUGUUUACAGGCAUUAAUGUGCUAAAAGUUCUGGAAUUUUCUUGCCUUUAAGUAUAAACGCUUGUGGAACGAGCUGGAAUCUCUAAGGGCCCUGAUGGUGUGUCAUAUUAAGGUCAUUUUAAGGGCUGACUCACACGUCUGUAUACGUGGCUUCUGGGAAAAGAUGAUGACAUCUAGGUUCUGUUCAUAAGGCUCACAAUUUGUUUUUUAAAAUGUACAUAAUCUACUUACGCUCUGAUUUGUCUUGGGGACAGAAGCAUAUUGUUUAAUGUUAAGUUAUACAACCAAAUUAAACUCGAGUUUAUGAGCUA